AUGCUAUAUCAUAACUUAUUUGGAGAUAAAAAAAUAUUAUCUCAAAAACCAAAACAAACAGUAAUCAAUCUUAUUUUACAUUUAACUUAUCAUGGAUGGAAAAAUAUUCGUGAUAUUGUUACAAAAAGAUUUGGAAAUUUAAAAGAUGCAGAAUAUCAAAUGAUGAUAGAUUUAUUAGAUAAUUCUAUUCCACUUACUUUGGAUAUAUAUGCAAUACUUUUUAGAAGUGGAUUUUUUGAAGGAUAUUUAGAAAGUACUGUAAAAAUUUGGAUAUUAUUUCAAAGAUUGAGAAGACAUAAUUAUAAUAAAGCACCACUUAUGUUUUUAAGUGAUGUAUUUUAUUGGACUUCAAAAAAUCAUCCAAUAAUUAAUAUUUUAAAAAAUAAUUUACCAAUUUUUAAUGAUUAUUUUGUUGAAAAUUUUCAUAGCUCUUUAAGGCAUCAAACAGCAGAAUCAAAUUCAGAGUUACAAAUUAUACAAAAAGCAAAAAUUAUUGAUGCUGAAAGAAAUAAUAAUCCUUUUAAAAAUUCUUUUGUUAAUUUGAGAAAUCCAGCUAAGUCUCAAAUUAAAGAAUUAAAAUCUUUAGAAAAAAAGGUUUCAUUAUUUUUAUUCUCAAUAUUUGAUAAGAUUCAUCAGAAUAUAGGAAAUACAAAACAAAUUAAUAAUGAUAGAUAUCCAAAAUUUUAUCUUCCAAGUUUUGAUAUUGAAGUGGAUGUAAAGGUACUUCCUUUAGGCUGGAAUACACAAAAAAUACCAGCAGAUGAUAAAUUUUGUGAUGCAAAUAAUUGUUUAUUAUCAAAUAGUAUAGAUUUAUCUAAUGGAAUUGUUUUACUUUGUGGACACAGUUUUCAUAAAGAAUGUUUAAGUACUUUAUAUGAUGAUAAAUGUAAUUUUUGUUUUGAUUAUUUAUCAUCUGGAAUUGAGAAAAAUAUUAAGAGUUUGGAUCAAAGAUUGUCGACAUCAUUAAAAGAAAAUGAAAUCCCUUUAUUUGAAAAGGAAAAUAAUAAUGAUGAUGAAAAUGAUGAAGAAGAGAAUAUUGAAAACAUAUUAGAAAGAACAGAAUGUGAUGUAGAAAAUCAAUAUGAUAUAAUGUAUCAACAAUGGUUAAAUUAUAAUGAUAUAUAAUUAGUAUUAAUAUAAUAAUUUUUAUUAAAUUGCAAAAGUCACUUUAUUGAAAUUUU